AUGGCAAUUUUUGCUCAGCCUGCUGCCAUCCCACCGCACCGACUUUGGAUGUCGCCCAAAAAGAAGGCGCUUGCCUUGACAGCUGCGCCGCAGCCCAAUCCCAAGCGGCAAAAGGGUGGCACGGCGAAGUCGAGCCCUGAGCAGGAUCCUGCUCCCUUCAGUGACAGCCCGACCGUGAAGCAGCUUCGAGCUGACUAUGCGCUGCUGCGCCCUUACUUGCAGGCAUCGGAACCUCCACUGCCGUGGUCUGGCAUCGGAGCUUAUGAGGACAAUGAGUGCAAAAGCCAGCUGCAGUCGUCGGGGCGCUAUGAGUGCACGCUGGGGGUGAAUUGGGUGCCUGAACUUCCAUUCCUGCAUUCUUUUGCCCCAGCCUGGGGGCAGGUUCAACGGACAGUGGACCUUUGGAAAGCCGACAUGACAGUGGAGGAGGACGGCCAGGUCGUGCUCACUUGGCCGGCGGUCAUUGCGCUUCAAGCGCAAGAGGGCUGUCGACCCACACCAGGGGAUGUCAAGCUUCUCUCCAACGAGAAUGUCUUCCUCUCGUUUUUGCACCUGUGGGCAGAGGCUGUGCGGAAUGCAGAGCACAAUUUGAUCGCGGCGUGCCGAGUUGCAGCUCGACGGAUGCGAGUCUCCUUCCUGUUGAUGAAGUCGGCAGAGGACGCCGAAAAGGCGAAAUGGCGCCUAGAGAGCUCGACUCACGGAGUUGCUUCCACCCAAACGUUGCGAGGGUGGAAAAGGAUAUGCGGCUACGUGGAGGUGAGAAACCGGCUUGCUGCCCAGCAUGUGGAUAGCUCUCCCGACAAGGUGUCGUGCUGGCUUCAUGCUGCAGGCGUGGACGUGAAGCAGAAGACUCUGAGCGGCCUUUUCCGGGCCUACGAUCGGCUUCAGGCCGCCAAAGGUUGCCUGGUCCUGCUGGAAGAGAUGGACAGUCGUUUCGGGCAAGACCACUUCUACUCCAACUCCGGGGUCCUCACAAUGUUGUGCGAGCGCACAGCUUGCCCUCGCAACCCUACGCUGCAGGCCGACCUCCUGCUUUGGGCCGUAUCAUGCUUAGCAUAUCGCUGCACACAGCCCGCAGAUGGCAGAGUGGCGGCCCUGUCGCCCACCACAUCUCGCGCCACUCGGCAGCAGCUGGAUCUCACAUGGGUCUGUGUUUUUUUCAGUCCUUCUAAGCAGCGCUGCUUCAUCCCCAAUUGCUUUGGCAAGGAAGCGCUGACAAAGCAAGUUGGGGUGGAGUUGGCGCAGCGCCGGGUGAUCCAAUACCUCAGCGGCAAGAUGCAGCGGAGAGGAAGCGGCAGCAAGGUCGUGUUGGCAAAUUACUUCGUCAACUUCCAGGAUUGGCAGAGCCGUUCGCCCGCGCAGCGGGCCCAAAUCCUCAAGCAGCUGGACCCCUCUGAGAUUGCGGUUUACAGUUUUAUGGAGCAAAUGCUGUUGGGCAACAUCGCAAUUCACCAGAUUGUGUCCCAGGCGGUGGCCGAGCACUACCUUGUGCCGGCGGAGGUGCUGCUGCAGAAGCCGGCGUGGAAAGAAGACAGCAUUCUGGACCUGGACGUGCUUUGCGCUGACCCUGAGCCUGCAGAGGUUCUUCUUGCAGCAGCCGAAGCGGCUACGCCGCAGCCAGUGCAGCCAGAGGAGUCCAGGCAGGGAGAGCCCGACCCAGCGCAGGAGGAGGACCUGCCCGAGAUGCCUGACGCCGCUUCUGCAGAGCAGCCUUUGGCCCCCACUAGAGGUUCGUUCUUCGAGACUUUGGCGGUGCCGAGCUGGCUGGAGGAUCUGUUGUGCAAAGCGUCUUUGGCUGCCUUCGAGGCUGCCUACCAUCACGCAAAGAUGUGCGCCGGACUUAGUGAACUUGCGCAUGUCACGGGCUGUGGCCAGACUAGCGCAGAGAGCAACAUCGAUUUGAGGGUCGUGCAUGACCUGCCCACACAAGUGCGAGAGACGCUGAAAGAGACGGAAGAUGCUUGUUUUUUCCUGAUCGACCCCAAGUGCUCGUACAACCCUCAUGGUCUCGCCCGGGUUUGUUGCGGGGAGCAACACAUCUACCGGCAGGUGACCAGCGCCUUGUCCGACGCCGCGCGCGCAAAGGACGGGUUCGCACUGUGGGACGCGAGAAGCGUUAAGACAUCCAAGUACCUUCAGACGUUCAUCAAAGCAGGGGUGACUGAGAAGCAUUGGCGCCAACGAGGUGUUUGCACCGUACGGCUCCUCCAUCACAACAGGGAGUGGGAUCCAGAGUGCAGGGACAGCAGGGACUGCGUCCGUCAGCGAAAGGCCCGUGCAGGCAAGUCGGUGAACACAUCGACCAGCCCUGACCCACUGGAGUCCUUGCUGCUGGUGGGCAGCGCCGAGUUCUGGGAUUCCCUCCCACGGAGGGAGAGGAAGUACGUGGACCUUCCGGGGCAUAGCGGAAGUCUUGGGUGGACCCGUUUGUCAUUGCGGAGUGCUUCAGACAGAGAUGCGAAUUGCAUCUUGCCUCUCACGAAGAGCUUGAUUUGGACAGGAGCUCCUGGUCUGAGCGAGGCAUAUGCAGACGAGGCCCCGGACGGGGACGAGAUCGUGCAAGCAGUCCCAGACGAAGCCAGUCCGGUAUCCCUUUGCGAGUGGGAGUCGCCAGAAGAGCUGUACGCGGAAGUAAUGCACUGCUACAUGCCCGACAAGUCAAGGCUGGUCGAUAUCCUGCCCGGCAGCGGGAUGAAGGCUGUGGCUGCAGCCCGCAUGGGCAAGAGCUACGUUGGCUUCGUCCGGUCUGCGCUUCACGCAGCUCUCAUUCGAGAGACAGGUGACAUUGAGGAGACGCCUCACGAGGCUGCCCAGGCUGAGGCUGGAGACAAUGAGGGAGCGGGCGAGGCGCCCAGCAGCCCUGAAUCUGACCCGUGA